UGGAACACACGGGCCAAGCGGGAGAAGCUGACAGAGCUGAUGUUCGAGCAGUACAACAUUCCUGCCUUCUUCUUAUGCAAGACAGCUGUGCUCACCGCCUUUGCAAACGGACGUUCCACGGGCCUGGUGCUGGACAGUGGGGCCACCCACACCACAGCCAUCCCAGUACAUGACGGCUACGUCCUGCAGCAAGGCAUUGUCAAGUCACCCCUGGCAGGAGAUUUCAUCUCUAUGCAGUGCCGGGAACUCUUCCAGGAAAUGGCCAUUGACAUCAUCCCGCCUUACAUGAUUGCAGCCAAGGAACCUGUACGGGAGGGCGCCCCUCCAAACUGGAAGAAGAAGGAGAAGCUACCCCAGGUUUCCAAGUCCUGGCAUAACUACAUGUGCAAUGAGGUGAUUCAGGACUUCCAGGCCUCGGUGCUGCAGGUCUCAGACUCUCCCUACGAUGAGCAGUGGGGGGAGAG